UAAUGGCAAACGAUAUAAAGCAGAAGUUGGUGAAUGGUCUGAAAUCGAAUCCUCGGCAUAUCCCUAUGUGGUACAAUUACGAUUAUGUUGGUUCUCAAUUGGAGUUUAAAUCAAUAAUGGAAAAUCCAGAUUCCUAUUCAGUAAGGAGCCAGAUGUCUGUUUUACAGCAAAACGUACAGGAAAUCGUACCAAAGGUUCCUGACAAUCUAAUUCUGGCUGAAGUAGGAAGUGGAAACUGCUCUAAAACUAGAUAUGUGAUCAAUGAACUGCUGAAAAGACAGCAAACAUUACUUUUCUAUCCAGAGGACAUUUCUGAAGGUAUGUGGAUCAACAUAUAGGUCAAAAUUAUAAAUACCAUUCUGUCUGAAGAAGUGAUACUGCUAUGUUUUUAUUUGAUUUUGUUUAUUUUAUUUUUUAUCUAAAAUACUGUUUUACUGAGUUUCUGUCAAGAGCAGUGACGGAAUUGUCCAAGGAAUACGGCGAGUCACUUAUAAUUCGACCUAUAUUUGCGGACCACGAACAAGGAAUGGAGCAACUUGAAAAGGUUAAAGGUACCAAGUUAAUUCUAUGGUUCACUGGUCUGCUCAACCUAUCAUAUGAUGACCAGGUCCAUACUCUCAGGAAACUUUCUACCAUGAUGACAGACAAAUGCAGGCUUGUGUUUAAUGCCGACAUCACCCUAGACAAAAAUGUUCUCUUAAAGGCUUACAAUGACCAAUCUGGCCUGAGCAGAAAGUUUAUGCAAAAUGGUCUUUUACGACUAAACAAAGAACAAGGAAGUCAUAUUGACCUGACAAAUUUCACGUUUGAGGUAGAUUUCAUAUCCGACACCAAUCCCCAUUACAUGAGCUACGUGAGAACCUACAUUACGGCUAAGGAAGAUAUCCGAUAUCCGAUACCUGGACUCGGGAUCGAUUUGGUGAUGGGAAAGGGUGAAAGACUUUACUUACAUGAAGGUGAAGGAUACAGCUGUAAAUAUACUCUGUAACAGUUACAGAAUAUUGUGGAGAAAGCCGGACUUCGCCUGGAGGACACUUGGACAGAUGACCAGCAGCACGCUAUUUUCUGUCGGUGUACUACAGUAUAAACUGAGAGUUCGUUGUUGCCUAUUCUUUAAGAAAAAAACAUUACAAAUAUGUUUCCUCAAAGAUAUUGCCUUACAAAGAUACUGUCAGGCGAACUAUAAAACUAUUUU